CCGAGGCCGACUAUGAGUCUUCUUUAUGCCGGCGAGGAAGGCUGGAUCGUGUCCCACUCCAAGUACCUCGACGAGGUGUACAAGAGGGUCAAGAGUGAAGAUGGAUUUUGCGCUUUAGGCUUUAACAAAAUGAUAUUCGAGAUCAAUUCUCAGUACCUGAGGCAGAAUCAGGUAGCGCAGUCCGUCCAGGAGCCUCAGGACAGUAUUGCAACGCACAGCAGUAGAAAGAAGAGGAAGCGCUCGCAGCGAUUGCCGCAAAAAGAGCUGGAGGAAGUCGAUGGCGUUAAACGAACGUUCGACGCAAUGAUGUCUGCUGCGAGGGACAAGGGGCUCUUCUGUCGAAACAACUUCCUCGAUAACAACGAGUUGGCGCGCUUGGCGUCCAUGAAGUUCUACCAGGACACUUACGCCGCCAAGGACGAGAGCCUGUACGGCUCCAAUGACACCGACGACGCUAUCGUGUCCGAGGCUCACAAUAAGAAAUAUGUGUUCCCGAGGAAAUGCACGUUUUACUGCUACGACGUGAGAGACAUAGAAAAGAAGAUGGAACUGUGCAACCAGUACGAUUUCAUAGUGCUGGAUCCACCUUGGUGGAACAAGUCGAUCAGAAGGAAGAAGACGAAGUGCGCAGAGGCCAGCUACAAGAUGAUGUACAACGAGGAGUUGGCUAAGAUACCGAUAAGAAAGCUGUUACACUCGAGCGGCAUUGUAGCCGUAUGGUGCACCAAUUCGUCCAAUCAUUUGAACAGUAUCUUCAACGAGAUAUUUCCGUCUUGGGGUAUUACUUAUAGAGCUAAGUGGUACUGGCUCAAGGUGACACAAGCAGGUGAUACAAUAUGUAAUUUUAACUCGACACCUGGGAAGCAACCUUAUGAAUUACUGAUACUAGGGUCUGCAUUGGAAAAGGGCAAAGUGGACAUCCCUGACGGCAGGCUGAUGAUUAGCAUACCUAGUGCGGUACACUCUCACAAACCACCUCUCACAGAAAUCAUAAAGGAAUAUCUUCCGGGCGAGCCGAGGUGUCUGGAAAUUUUCGCGAGGUAUCUGUUGCCUGGAUGGACGAGCUGGGGUCUGGAAAUCUUAAAGUUCCAGCAUCUGUCGCUUUAUGAAAUUCUGGACGAGUGUAAGAAAGAUGGAAGUGACGCUGACGACACAAGGGCCGAGAAUGAGUGUAAAGAGCAGCUGUAAAAUGUGCUCCGUAGUUCCGUUCUUUAACGAUGUUCGGUAACCGUGCGGAUUCAUCGUUUGCCACCUCCAGAAGUCCUGACCUGUGUCCGAACGUUUCACCGUUAGGCAUCGAUUAUCUGAGAUCAAACCCGCGUUUAAGCUGGGGCGCGUU